AUGCAUCAAAAACUGAAUCUUGAACCACCAACUUACGAGUUUUCUCAUGAUCCCGCUACGGGACAUUUUUUUUGUCAAGUGAAUUUUAAUAAUCAAGCUUACAAGAAUACAAUCGCACGUCCAAAGAAACAACAAGCGAAAGAAGAUGCCGCAGGUAUUGCAAUGCAAGGUCUUUCAUUGAUUAUGCCAGAUUUCACAGCUGCUAUUCGUCAAGAAUUGCUCGUUCCGAAAUCGGCUCAAUGGUAUCAAAAGCAAUUGAUGCGAGCAAAUAAAGGAGAAUCGAAGAGACCUUGUGUUUUGCUAUUGGAAUUCUGUCAAAUGCACAGAUUAGGACAUCCAAUCUAUAACAUCAGAGAUGACGGAAGGGGAUAUUAUCUAUUUGACUGUACCAUAAUGGGUCGUACUUUUAAUCCUGAAUUGGCUCUUUGGCAAAAAAAUGAUGCUAAGGAUCAUGUUAGUACUAUAGCAUUUAAUGUAUUAUACAGGGAAUUUUAUGAAAAAGAAAUAGUUGAAAUACAAAGUCGGCUACAACCCUACGGAAUUCCUCCUACUUCGGUUGGAAUACCACCGUCACAUCCUCCUCCCAAUGUAGCUUAUUCACCUCUACAUCAUUCUAUGUAUCCUAAUACUGCCGAUGGAAGCAAUUAUUAUGCUACGGCUGAGCAUGCCAGUUAUUACGCUACAGAUCCCAAUGGCCAAGUUGCCAUGUAUUAUUCUAAUACUACCAUGACAAAUGCUUCUCAUCAAAGGAAUUAA